AUGAAACAUCUCCUCAUCUUCAAGUCCUCAUCUUCAAGGACACACUUGGGGCAUGAGAACAUAGCGAAUCAGCACGAAGUUCAUAGUAAUAUCGUAGCCGGAUGUGGGAUCAAACAACUUGCGACUUCAAACACCUUCUUUGUGGUCUUGAACACUCAAAGAGCAAAUACUGCUUCUUUGCGAGCCAAAUUCUCAAAGCUGGGAAUCGACGCUGUCUUUCCAGGGGAUUCAUCUUUCGAAAAGUUCGCCGCACCUUUCAACAAACGCCUGUCUUAUAUCCCAGCUGCCAUCGUCUUCCCCAACCAUACAGAAGCUGUUUCGAAUUGUGUUAAAGUCGCUGUUGAAGAAAAGCUUCCCGUCUCAACUCGCUCCGGUGGACAUUUGUAUGCUGCUUAUGGCUUAGGAGGAGGAAAUGGAGCCUUGGUUGUCGAUGUCUCGAGACUCAAGACAAUCUUUGUCCAUCAGUCAACUGGUCAAGCUGUUAUUGGAACUGGGAAUCGAUUAGGUGACAUGGCUAUUGGAUUAUAUUCUCAAGGUGGGCGCGCAAUCCCCCAUGGGACGUGUCCGUAUGUUGGUAUUGGGGGCCACGCGGCAUUUGGGGGCUUUGGUACCACAAGUCGGAUGUGGGGUUUGACCUUGGACAAUAUCAUCGGUCACGAAGUGGUACUCGCAAACGGUACGAUUGUCCAGGCAUCGCAAGAUAGCAAUCCAGACCUCUUCUGGGCAUUGAGAGGCGCUGGGGCAUCUUAUGGUAUCAUGACCUCCAUCAAGUUUCAAACUCAUUCAGCUCCCAGUCAAGCUACAAAUUUUCACAUCAAAUGGUAUCUCAGCCAAAAUGAAUUGGCAAACGCGCUACUCAAAUUUCAAGUCUUUUGUCGGUCCAACCUACCCUCAGAGCUUGCAAUAGAUGCUAAUUUGAAAAAAGCCCCCAAAUCUGGACUUCUGGUCUUUUCUCUGGUUGGAACCUGGAACGGGGAAGAGUCGAAGUUUGCGGCAGUAAUUCAGCCGCUCUUGGACGGCAUGCCAGCACCAAUUGAGAGUUUAGUGAAGAGAAAUGAUUGGCUUGACAGCUUGCAAACUUCGGCCCGCUCGGACAAUCUUUCAACGUCAGGUGUAGAUCUUUCAGCUGAACAUGAUACUUUCUACGCAAAGUCUCUAACAACUCCACAAUCAACACCUAUGUCGAAUUCUUCCAUUCAAGCUUUCACUGAAUAUCUUGCAUCAGAAGGAUUGAAAACGGAUACAGUACGCAAUGGACUCACUGUAUAUUCUAUCUUAAAUUACUCAUUUGUUAUUAUUUGUAUCAAACAGAACUGGUUUGUCCAGUUUGAGCUGUACGGUGGUCAGAAUUCAGCUAUCACUUCUGUAGCAAAGGACGCAACAGCAUUUGCUCAACGAUCCAUCUUAUUCACUAUUCAAUUCUACACCUCAUCCAGCAACUAUUCACCACCAUUCCCAGAUGCAGGAUUGACCUUCUUAGACCAAAUGGUUGCUGCCAUUGUCAACAAUGGCCCUUCUGGAUGGGAAUAUGGCGCCUAUUCCAACUACGUUGAUGCCCGCUUAUCUUCAAAUGAGUGGAAGAAUCUUUAUUACAACACGCAUUAUCAGCGUUUGACACAAACCAAAGUUGCCUAUGACCCUCAGAACAUAUUUUCAUAUCCUCAAAGUAUUGGAGAGUAG